UCUCAAGUCUUGCCCCACGUGUGUAGGUUCCCGUCUGAACUGGCACGCUGGGAGUAUAUGAAACUAUAUACAUGAAACUAGGAGUUGUUGACUUAGACUGACAAUACGAGAGAAGUCACGAUGAAUGUAAUGAGCUUAUUGGGGUGUCUAGCUCGGGGACCCGUGAGCUCUUUCGGGAGUGGAGCGUUGCUCGAGGCACUGCUGGCCUCCGAAUGCUAGGGGGCGCUGUGAGCUCCGCAAGCCCUCUUGGAAACAGGUGAUCCAUUGCGCAGGCGCUCUCAAGACUCCCCCCCACCACCCCAGUCCCCACGUGUGAACCUUACCGGCAGCGAUUUUCCGGAGAGAUGCCCAAAAUCAAGCCUGCCCGUGGGGCCGGCGGUGAAAAACAUGCCCCCUUGGCCGAGCAGAUCCUGUCUGGGGAAGCUGUACGCGCAGGGACCCGGGAAAAACGGCGAGGUCGCGGAACCGGCGAGGAGGAGGAGGAGUACGUGGGCCCGCGGCUGACCCGGCGGAUUCUGCAGCAAGCGCGGCAGCAGCAGGAGGAACUCGAGGCCGAGCACGGGGCCGGGGCGAGGUCCGCGGCGCGGGAACCCACCACCAGGCUGGGUCCAGGAGUGCCACAGGAUGGAUCAGAUGAUGAGGAGUGGCCCACCCUGGAGAAGGCUGCCGCAAUGACAGUGACAGACCACCAUGCAGAGGUGGUGGUGGACCCGGAGGAUGAGCGUGCCAUUGAAUUGUUCAUGAACAAGAACCCUCCUGCCAGACGCACCCUGGCUGACAUCAUCAUGGAGAAGCUGACUGAGAAGCAAACGGAGGUUGAGACAGUCAUGUCCGAGGUGUCAGGCUUCCCUAUGGCUCAGCUGGAUCCUCGGGUUCUGGAAGUUUACAGAGGGGUCCGGGAGGUGCUAUCUAAGUACCGAAGUGGUAAGCUGCCCAAGGCGUUUAAGAUCAUUCCUGCACUCUCUAACUGGGAGCAAAUCCUCUAUAUCACUGAGCCUGAGACCUGGACUGCAGCUGCCAUGUACCAAGCCACAAGGAUAUUCGCCUCUAAUCUGAAGGAAUGCAUGGCCCAGCGCUUCUACAACCUUGUCCUACUCCCCCGAGUACGAGAUGACAUUGCUGAAUACAAACGGCUCAAUUUCCACCUCUACAUGGCACUCAAGAAGGCCCUGUUCAAACCCGGAGCUUGGUUCAAAGGGAUCCUAAUUCCACUGUGCGAGUCAGGCACCUGUACCCUCCGGGAAGCCAUCAUCGUGGGUAGCAUCAUCACCAAAUGCUCCAUCCCUGUGCUGCACUCUAGUGCGGCCAUGCUUAAAAUUGCUGAGAUGGAGUACAGUGGUGCCAACAGCAUCUUCCUGCGCCUGCUGCUGGAUAAAAAGUACGCUCUGCCCUACCGAGUGCUGGAUGCCUUGGUUUUCCACUUCCUAGGGUUCCGGACAGAGAAGCGGGAACUGCCUGUGCUCUGGCACCAGUGCCUCCUGACUUUGGUUCAGCGCUACAAGGCAGACCUGGCCACAGAACAGAAAGAGGCCCUCUUAGAGCUGCUCCGCCUGCAGCCCCAUCCACAGCUCUCUACUGAGAUCAGGCGUGAGCUUCAGAACGCAGUUCCCCGAGAUGUGGAAGAUGUUCCUGUCACCAUGGAGUGAGCAGCCAGCCACUCAUCCAGGUCCAAAGAGCAUGGGGGAAACUGGGACCCCUGUUCAUGAUUAAAGAUGAGACUGAGACUUAAUAGCUGAAGACUCAAGAGCAGCAAGACCAUGGGCAUGGUGUGGCUUCUGGGUAGUUGACAAGGGAGGACUUGGGGGUGUGGCGGCUCCCUUUUCCAUUGUAGGCCUUCAUCCUUGCCUGAUUCUGGCACCUGAUUUGAGAUCCUAUUCCCACCUCCCCCACCCCCCAGCUAGGGUUUGGAGUAAGUUAUUUUCUCACAGGAAUAUGGAUAAAAUCAAAGAUGGGUAUAUGUAUUGAAGUUCUGUGUGUUAACUACAGGUACUGCUGCUUUCUGUUUAGCUAGAAGUGUUCUUGCCUGGGAGUCAGUUUUCAUCUAGUGCACACAGGAUUGUCUCUUAUUCUCUGAAGUUUGUUUCUCCAAAUGGUCCCCAUUUUGUCAACCCCUAGAGGGCACACUCUCUACCCUUCCCAGACAAGCUUGCUGGUGAAUGCCAGCAACCAGGUUGGUCAAUAAGUGAUCUUAUCUCUGCUGUAAAUAGAAGAGUACAGGAUACUAGAGGGGGAAAAUAGGGAUACAAUGGUAAGGAAAGUGAGUUAAGGUGGAACUCAGGAAUGACCAGAUUCUGGUAACCAAAAGGCAGGUUCCCUUCCUAAUUUGCUUGUUGGCUAGUUAGUUUUAGACCACGUAGCGGCAAUCUAGCAUCAUUUCCUUGUAUUUUAUUUUAUGGCCCAUUUCUAAAGUUGAAUUUUGCAUUAAAAAAAAAAAAUCAUUAACACAGUGAGAGAAACCAGACCACUACUCUAGCGCAUGCAAUGCCCAGGAUUGAUAUAGGCACUUCAUGCUUCCAAGUCCAAUGCUAUGACUACUGUGCCACCUCCCAGGCCACAAAAACUAUGUUUUCAAAUGGUCUGGGAAAAAUUAGUGGUAUAUGAUAGGUGAAAAUGACGUGAAAUUAACAUUUUAGUAUCCAUGCUUUUUAUUAAAAUACAGACAUUCAUUUGUUUUCUUUAAAAAAUGGGGGAGGGGAGUUAAUUAGUGAGAGAAGCAAAUCAUUACUCUGGCACAUGCAGUGCCAGGGCUCAAACUUGAGACCUCAUUGCUUGAGAGCCCAGUACUUCAUCACUGUCCCACUUCCCAGGCUGCCAUCCAUAUGUACGAAAGCAGCAGACUUAAGUACAACUGCUCUACCCUUCAUGUGGGGGAAACAUGACACAUCUAGUUUUUUAAAUAAUCUUCUAUGU